AUGGAGCCGAGCUUGAAAGAGGUGAAGUUCCAGGAAGCCGAGUGGCCUGACUUGCUGGAGGCUGCCGUCACGGCCGGGGCAGUUUCUGGCCGAGUCCUAGUGAAUUCCUCAGAGCCCUGGUCUUUUGCAAGUGCCGUGAGCCUGGCGGCUUUGCAUACUGCCAUUCCCAUAGAUGCAGGCAUCUCCUUGAAGCGUUCCCUCCCGGUGCUUGCGGACCUGCGUGGGAGAUGGGCUUCCCAGGCGGAGGCGACCCAAGCGCUGGUCCGGGAAGGUGUCUUGAAGAACGUGACGAUGUCGCGCAUUGUCGUGCAGACUCCGCAGCUACUCGCGGAAGGGUUCUUGGUCGACUUGGCUGUGAAGGACAAGCUCUUCGUAAUGUGGCUCGAUGACCUGUGUACCAAUGGCACGCAGGGGAACCUGCUUUUCAGGCAGGUGACGGAGUUUCUAUCGGAAGCCGGGAGGGAGCUGUCCAUCAUGGGAUACUUCGCAGGCUCCGAGGUGGUGGCAGACUGCACCUCCAGUCACUCUGAGAUCUCCCUCGUUUCAGACUUCGCUCCGAACUUGGCAUUCUUCUCGCUCCUUCCGCCGGUGGUGUCGUUGAAGCAGGUUCCUCUGCUCCCCGUACCGAAGUACGACCCCUCCAAGAUCUACGUGGCUCUCCUGUCUUCGGACGGGGACAAUAUGCAGCUGGACUACAACUCCCUGAGGCCUCGCAUGGAGGAGCGCCUGGCACUCUGUGCGAGAGACCGGGACUUGGGGAGCUCCGCCGCUCCGAGGGCUUUGUGCCCUCCGGUGGGCUGGACGAUUUCAAACCGCCUCAUGGAGUUUGCGCCCACAGUGCUCCGAUGGUUCUUCGCUGCGGCAAACCGCACCAGGGACGCCGACAGCUUUUUGAUGGGGCCCAGUGGCUAUGGCUUCCUUCACCCAUCCUCCAACACCAAGCAAGCGAUCCUGAGGAACCUGACGGUGGAAGCCGCAGAGAAGCUCGACAUGUGCGCCUAUGUCCAUUGGGACAGCUAUAACCAGGAGCCUGCCAUGGAAAGGACGGUGGCUGCGUACGCACACACGACGAUCCGGGCCGUCUUCUCUCCGGUACAGCCAGCUUUUCCUCCGGUGGUAGCCAAAGACAUCGUAACAUUUACUGAAACGAAGCGGUGGUUUACUCAGGACCGCCCAGAGGACAUUGCCAAGCAUCUCAACAGCUUGCUUCCAGGAAGCACCGUCUUCUUGUACAAGAUCCACGAUGUAUCAUUUGCGGAUGUGGAGGCCAUGGCCGCGGCGCUGAGCAGCAACGUUGCCAUGGUGGGGCACAGGGAGCUCAGUGCGAUGAUGCACGAGCACUACGGGCUGCCUAAUGGUGCCAGUUUAAGCAUCGUCGUAUAG